AUGUUGAAAAGAAUGUAAAGUAAAGAGGACAUCAUAAAGGAUUAAUACAUGAAGACUUUAACAUGUUUCUUAUAAGAUAGCACACUUUACGAUUGCUUAUCUAUCAAUAAUUAAGUCAGUGUAAUUGAUUAGUCAUUCUCUUUGUUUGAUGUUUUCAAUGUCUUUAUCGAGACGCAUAUUGAUGAAGUAUUGUUUUGGAAUCCAGAUGUAGCUUAUUAUGAUGGAGUGUUCACUCAAACUGAUUUGAUUAGAAUCAUUCUCAAAUGCUAUCAAAACAUUAUAAAUGGCAUUCCUAAUGGUAAUCUUUAAGCAUAUUUUAGUCAGUUUGGGGAAAUAGUAAAAAUUAAGUUUAGCCCAUAAUGGAAGAAGAAGAUGAAGAUAGAACAUCAACUCCUGUUAGCAAAACCUAAGCAAUUGGUUAGGAGUAAAUUAAUAAGUUGCUCAUUGAUUUAAAGACUAUUUCUGUAAGAGAUUGGUUUAAUUCAUAUGGAGAAAAUCUUCAUUAAAGCAGUCUCGUCUAGGCAGAUAUGGCUGAUAACCUAAAUGAUGCCAUGAAAAAAAUAUUAAAGUAGGGUGUAACUAGAAUUGUAGUUAUUGAUACUGAAUCUAGAGUUAUUGUGGGCAUCCUAUAGUAAAAGGAUAUUUUGGCUUUUCUUGUUAAAGGAUUUAGUUAAUAUUUCCAUUUAUAAUUAUCCUAAAAAUCACACAAGAUUGAAGUUCGAAAUGAAAAUUAAUAACAAUCUGAAUAACAUGAGUUAGAAAUUAAUUACUUUAGUGACAGGAUACUCCAGUUGAAUGAUAAACUUUCAUUCGAUACUAAUGUAUAUGAGUAAAUUGCUCUCCUAAUUCUAGAGUGUUUUAUAAAUUGAUUUAUGUUUUCAAAAGAAAUGCUAUUCCUAUUGUGGAUGCUAACAACUAGUAUUUGGGCUUGAUUGAUAGAAGAGAUUUUUAAUUCAUCCUCAAGUAUCAAGUCUACGACAUGGUAUAACUCAACAUUUAGAUUAGCUCAAUAGAUAAGCCAUUGAUUUAUUGAAUUUUAUUAGAAUUGAGAAAUCUAAAUAUGCUGGCUUUUGUAUUUGUAACAAAGAACUAUUUCACAUGAAAUAAACUGUAAAAGAAGUAUUACUUUAAUUUAUCAAAGGUAGUAGAAAACUUGCUUCUCUCAUCUAGAGGUAGUCUAGUAUGUCUGAAUGAAAACAAAGAACCUAUUUCCACACUUUAAAUGUCUGAUCUCUUCAAAAUAUGUUUAGAUGAUAUUGAAAUAGAAUGA